GUGCUUGCCUUUAAGAUACAGAAAUGUCUGGUCUUGUUUUCUUCACUAAAUAAUGACCACACGAUUUGAUAGCAAUGGUUUGAUCAUUCUAAUAGAAGGCACAUAUGUUGUUUUUCUUGAUCAUGAAAAUGCCACCAAAAUUCUGAAACGGUCAAAGAGAUACAAUUCAGGUAAACUGGAAGAAUUCGUUCAAGGUAACCUUGAGAGAGAAUGUCUGGAAGAAAGGUGUAGUUUUGAAGAGGCACGGGAAUUUUUUGAAAACACUGAAAAAACUACUGAAUUUUGGAAGCAAUAUGUGGAUGGAGAUCAGUGUGAAUCCAGUCCAUGUCAAAAUGGCGGCCUGUGUAAGGAUGAUGUGAAUUCCUAUGUAUGUUGGUGUCUAGAAGGAUUCGAAGGAAGGAAUUGUGAAUUACAUGAAACAUGCAGCAUUAAGAACGGAAAAUGCAAGCAGUUUUGUAAAAAGGGCACCGAUAGAAAGGUGGUUUGCUCCUGCACUACAGGAUACCAACUUGCAGAAGACCAAAAGUCCUGUGAACCAGCAGUGCCAUUUCCAUGUGGAAGAGUUUCUGUUCCCCAAAUUCCUAUGAAGCUUACCCGGGCUGAAGAUGUUUUUUCCAUUAUAGAAUUUGAAAAUUCUACUGAAGCUGAAGAAACUUCAGAUAACAUCACUUUAAGCAACCACUCAUUUAAAGACUUCACUAGAGUUGUUGGUGGAGAAAGCGCCAUACCAGGUCAAUUUCCUUGGCAGGUUCUCUUGAAUGGUAAAGUUGCUGCAUUCUGUGGAGGUUCCAUCAUUAAUGAAAAAUGGGUCGUGACUGCAGCACAUUGCAUCGAACCUGAUGUUAAAAUUACUGUGGUGGCAGGUGAACACAACAUUGAUAAGAUAGAGCAUACCGAGCAAACACGAAAAGUGAUUCGAGCUAUUCCUCACCACAACUACAAUGCAUCAUUUAAUAAGUACAGCAAUGACAUUGCUCUUCUGGAAUUGGACAAACCUUUAAUACUGAACAACUAUGUAACACCUAUUUGCAUUGCUGACAAAGAGUAUACAAACAUCUUCCUCAAGUUUGGAUCUGGCUUUGUGAGUGGCUGGGGAAAAGUCUUCCACAGAGGGAGAUCAGCUACCAUUCUUCAGUAUCUUAAAGUCCCUCUUGUAGAACGUGCCACAUGCCUUCGCUCUACCAAGUUCACCAUCUAUAAUAACAUGUUCUGUGCUGGCUACCAUGAGGGAGGGAAAGAUUCUUGCCAAGGAGAUAGUGGGGGACCCCAUGUUACUGAAGUGGAAGGUGUCAAUUUCUUAACGGGAAUUAUUAGCUGGGGUGAAGAGUGUGCAGUGAAAGGGAAAUAUGGUAUAUAUACCAAGGUAUCCCGGUAUGUUAACUGGAUUAAGGAAAAAACAAAGCUCACUUAAAGAAGAAUGUAUUUCUAUGGUAGACAUAUUUGACAUAGAAAACAGAUAAGAUCCCUAACUAAUGACAUUGAGAUCCCUUUAGAAUUGAAUUCAGACAUUCUGUGACUACUGCUUCUUCUCUUUACAGGGAAAAGUCUAUCUAGAAUCCUUCUAUAGUAGGAUAAGUAGAAUAAGAAAUGCAAUCAUUAGUAGACCGUAUGAUAGAAAACCACAACUGUUCUUAUUGGUCUGGUUCUUGACAAAACCACGAAGUUCUUUGUUCUACCCAUCAGAGUGAUGUGUCUGCUCCACGUGUCAAUUCCCUAAUUCUACUCCCCUACAAAAAAUCCUUGGCUUCAUAUAUUUCUUGGCUCUACCACCAAAACAUCAUCUGUAUCCAAGGUAUUGGACCUAGUCCUUUGUAAGACCAGCACUAGGCUAAAAAAAAAAGAACAUGAGUAGCUGACAGAUCAGAACUCAUCAGAGACACUAAUUCCUUUUGCUCUAACCUCAUUCCCAGAUCCUUUAGCUUUUUUUUUGUCUCUAUCCCCAAAUCCAUUUCUCUCUUUCUGCCUCCCUCCCUUUCUCUAUUUUGCAGCACAAGUAUCAAAGCAGGGAAAAGUGGCCUCAUACUGUUGAACUGCAUUUGAAACUAUGUCUCUCACUGUGAUUCAGUUAAAAAUAAAUUAAUUCAUUUUAAACUACUUUUAAAAAUAAAAUACUGUUGAAAUGCUAUAUACAUACAUGUGUAGUAUACCCUACCGUGGUCUUGGUUCAGGAUUGGGCUUGAUUUCAGAGCACAGGAAAGAGGAGCAGUGCCUGAAGAAUGUGGGUUGGAAGAGUUACAUCAUUAUGUACAAUGCAUACACCUUGGAAGGACUGAACCAUUGAAAUAGUUUCCUUACAGUGUUUUUGUUGUUACAGCACAGUGACCAGAGGGGUGCCCAUGGAAGCUACUAAGUCACUGUGACUAGAAAGCACACAUUAACCCAGGACUAUAGCCCCUGUCUGAAAUGAUUUUAAAAGUAAGAAGACAAUAUUUACUUUGCUACCUAUAACUAGUAUAUCGUUCAGGGAAGAAUUAACCUAGAACUGUCUAUUGAUGAGGAACAUAUUUCCCAGCCUAAAGAACAUGAGCAUUGUGUCUCCUAAACUGGUGCAUCCCCAACAGCAGGGAAGUGGUACUCAGUUCCCAGAAAUGAGUCAUUCCAAUGACUCAACCAACUCCCUCUUUUCUGGUUCUGUGCUCACCAAACAACUUCAUUGGUAAUAAUUAGACCAUCUGCAUUGAAUUUUCUGGAAGUUGGCUGACCAACUAUCAUACCUGAUCUAGUAGGGAUUUUUCUCCUUAUUAGUGAAUAAAGUACCCUGGUUUAUACCUUGGCUUGGGCGAAAUUUGAUUGACAUCCAUCAGUCUUUGUAUAUUCUUUGUAUAAUUGUGUGAAGGUAGAACAAAUAUCAAAAUUAUGUUUAGAACACCAUUUUGACGCUCACCACCCCUAAGCUACUUUUCCCAGCCCUCAAUUAACCCUCACUCAGGCCUUACUCUUGCUGAUUUCCUUCAAGUUAUUCUAGUUAAGUCUAGCUUACAUAAUUCUUUCAAACAUAAGCAUCAAUAAAUUUAUUUUUAAGUUUCCCAAAAUGUUUCUUAUUGACUCAUUCACAGAGACGCUUCCCAAAUGCAACAUUCAGCAGAACACUCAGAAGAAUGUGUUCAAACACAACACAACACAGCAGAUUUGUUGCUCUGCAAGCCCCCAGCUUUCAUAUGAGGUUGCGUGUGCCAUGUCCUAGAGACAACUGUGGUCCAGAUCCACCUGAGACAGAAUGGAGUCUAAAUAGCUUUGAGCUUGACUUGGAUAAGUCAUUCCAAAAUUUCUGCUUUGAUUUUUCCAUUUUUGCAAAAAGAAAGUUUGACGGUAUGGUCCCCAAAGGCUUUUGUUGACCUUGAGUGUCUACGAGUUCAUGUUCCCUCAUUUCUUUAUUUAGCAAAAUAUUCAGGGAGUGAUCACUGUGUGACAAAUACUAAUUAUGUUCAUUGAAAUUUAAUUCACAUGUAUUUAUUCUAAAUUAAAUAAAAUGACGCAUGAAGCUUG